AUGAGUGCCUUCAGCUCACCAUUGGAUCCUACAGUUAAACUCCAAGCCAAGGAAGGUGUACCCUUAGCAGAUCCCUCUCUCUACAGAACUUUGAUAGGCAAAUUGAACUUCCUCACAAAUACAAGGCUGGACAUUGCCUAUGGUGUCCAGCACCUCAGUCAAUUCAUACAAGAUCCCAGGGAACCUCAUCUCAAGACUGCCUACCACUUACUUAGAUACUUGAAAGCUGAUCCUACUCUUGGGAUUUUUAUGUCUGCAAGCCCAGAUUGCACAGUUAGAGGGUAUUGUGACUCUGAUUGGGUUGCCUGUCCAGAUUCUAGGAAAUCUGUUAGUGGGUAUCUGGUGCUCCUUAGUGACAAUUCCACUAGCUGGAAGUCCAAGAAGCAGGCCACCAUAUCUUUCUCUUCUGCUGAAGCAGAGUAUAGAGCCCUCAGAAAUGUAGUUGGUGAGCUUGUUUGGUUGUGCAGACUGUUUGAUGAGCUAACAGUUCCAUUUUCUAAACUUGUCACAGUAUUUUGUGACAGUCAGUCUGCUCUACAUAUAUCUCGAAAUCCUGUUUUCCACGAGCGGACCAAACACAGUGAAGUAGACUGUCAUUUUGUAAGAGAUAAAUUACAGAAAUGA